UUAUUGGGUGACCGCUUGAGGCUUGACAGUUAAGGCCUUCAUACUUGCCAGUUCCAGCUGAGGAGGAACGCUCUUCACUCUACACACAAACACAUUGCUGGCGAAUCUCAGAAGUCAGAACGCACCUUCUUUGUUUUUCACUCCUUCGAUCUUUUAAUCUUUUUUCCCUGCGUCUUCUUGAAGGAAUGCCGUUAAAGCUCACCCACCAAGAACAUUGAACACUCUCUCUCUCUCUCUCUCUCUCACUUCUCCAAGCCUCCACAUUUCCAGCUGCGGCUCCAAUGGGGAAGAAGAAAGAUUGCUGAGUGUGCUCUCAUAGUCUGACUCGCUAACGGAUUUCUGAGCAAACAAUACUAGAUGAAGCCACAUUUAUUUUGUGGUGCAGUAAUUCUCUUCCUUUUCCUUUGCCGAACUAUAGCUGACAUCAAUUCAGACAAACAAGCCCUUCUCGACUUUAUUUCUGCUGUUCCUCAUGGCCGAAAAGUUAACUGGGAUCCUGCUAACCCGGUCUGCAAGUCUUGGGCAGGCAUCACUUGUACCUUGGAUGGCACCCGCGUGCUCACCGUCCGACUCCCAGGUGCCGGACUGUAUGGUCCAAUUCCAGCAAACACUCUUGGCAAGCUCGAUGCCCUCAUGAUCCUUAGCCUUCGGUCUAACCGCCUCAGUGGGAAUGUGCCAUCUGAUAUUUUCUCCCUUCCUUCCUUACACUACAUAUACCUUCAAAACAAUAAUCUUACAGGUAAUAUUCCCUCUUCCCUGCCUCCCAAUCUCACAUUUCUUGAUUUGUCGUCCAACUCCUUCACCGGCAACAUUCCAGCCACAGUCCAAAAUUUAACACGUCUUAAUGGACUGUACCUCCAAAGCAAUUCCUUCACGGGAUCUAUACCUGAUAUCAACACAACAAUGCUUAUGCAUUUGAAUUUGAGCCACAACCAACUAAAUGGUUCGAUUCCUCCCACCCUCCAAAAAUUCCCGACAUCUUCCUUUGAAGGAAACUUGAAGUUAUGCGGGCCCCCACUAAACCGUUGUACUUCGAUCACUCCCUCGCCGUCUCCAUCCCCCAAUCUUCCUCCAACAGUCCCCUUCAAACCAAAAACUGGAUCAAAGAAGAAACUUAGUAUCGGAGCUAUCAUUGCCAUUGCAAGUGGUGGUUUUGCUGUGUUGUUUCUCUCAGUUCUGGUGAUCGUGCUAUGCUGUUUGAAGAAAAAAGACAGCGAAGGCAGUGCUGUAGUGAAAACAAAAGGUGGAAGGAAUGAGCAGCCAAAGGAGGACUUUGGAAGUGGGGUACAAGAGGCAGAGAAGAACAAGCUGGUUUUCUUCGAAGGCUGUUCUUACAAUUUCGAUCUUGAGGAUUUACUAAGAGCUUCAGCUGAGGUUCUCGGAAAGGGGAGUUAUGGGACUACUUAUAAGGCCAUCUUGGAGGAGGGAACGACAGUGGUGGUGAAAAGGAUUAAAGAAGUGGUGGUCGGGAAAAAAGAGUUCGAACAGCAAAUGGAGAAUGCAGGGAGGAUUAGUCAGCACCCAAACGUUGUUCCUCUUCGAGCUUAUUAUUACUCCAAAGAUGAGAAACUUCUGGUUUAUGACUACAUUCCAGCUGGUAGCUUCUCAGCAUUAUUACAUGGAAACAGGGAAAGUGGACAGCAUCUACCAGACUGGGAAACCAGAUUAAAGAUCUCCCUCGGAUGUGCCAAGGGCCUUGCCCACAUCCAUUCUGCAAGUGGAGGGAAAUUCAUCCAUGGCAACAUCAAAUCCUCCAAUGUCCUCCUCACCCAGGACCUCAAUGGCAGCAUGUCAGAUUUCGGCCUAGCUCCUCUCAUGAACCUCACAACUAUCCCUUCCAGAAGUGUGGGCUACCGAGCUCCUGAGGUGAUCGAAACUAAGAAGUCCUUUCAAAAAUCGGACGUGUAUAGUUUUGGUGUUAUGCUCCUUGAGAUGCUGACAGGCAAAGCACCAGUACAAACACCAGGGCAUGAUGAUGUCGUUGAUCUUCCAAGGUGGGUCCAGUCUGUUGUUCGAGAGGAAUGGACAGCUGAGGUGUUUGACGUGGAGCUAAUGAAGUACCAAAAUAUCGAAGAAGAGUUGGUACAAAUGCUUCAAAUAGCAAUGACUUGCGUGGCAAGGGUGCCGGACAUGAGACCUACUAUGGAGGAAGUUGUUAGGAUGAUUGAGGAAAUCCGGCCACCAGAUUCUGAGAACCGGCCAUCAUCAGAUGACAACAAGUCCAAGGACUCAAACGUCCAGACCCCAAUCACCCCAGAAGGGCCAGCCUUGCCGUAAUCAUCAGAAAAUCAGCACCCGCCCGAAUGAGCAAAUACAUUAAUCCUUCUCUAAAUGUCAUAUAUCAGCAAUUGUGUGAUUCUUUGUAGUGUUCCUUUGUAAAAGCUUAGCCUUUUUUAACAUUGUUCCAAACGAUUAAGGGAUGUACUUAUUAAUUGUAAACAUGAUUUGCUUGUUCUGAAAAUUGUUCGUUCAGGAAGA